AUGGCCGACAUCAACUAUUACCAACGACUGACAGAGGUGUACACCCUGGAGAACAAGCCUCUGUUACUAGCGUCCGCAGUGAGCUACGUCGUCGGCUAUCUCCAGUACACAUACGUCGUAAGACUUACCCUCCGAGAGGGCAAAGGGCCGAUGCCAUUCUGGAUGCACUCAUUCUAUCUGGCUCACGACUCGACGUGGUCUUACAUCCUCGGCAAGGCCGCCGGUCAAUACGGCGAACACUGGUUUUUGAGAGGAACCUCGACGGCGCUGCUCAUCUGGUCGACCUUGGAGAUCUGGUGUAUCCACCGGGCCGUCUUCAAAGAACGAGAGGCCAACUUUUCGUCGGUGCUCGGGAAGAAUCCGACUGUCUCUUCGGCUGCGGUCUAUGCUCUGGCGCUACAGCUGGGCAUGUACUCGGUCGUCCUCCUCGCCAUCGAGUUCAUGGGAGAAGGGUGCGUGAUGCAGUGGUUCUGCUUCACCAACGUCCUCAUCGUGCUGGGGCCGACCCACCAUUAUUUGAGAGCCGGGACGAGACAGGGGCUGUCGCUUGGGUUCUGCCUGGUCAACAUUAUCGGGACCAUUUGGACGUUUGCUCCUUUCAGCUUCUUUGUCUUGACGAUGCCGGAGAUUUUCGAUAGCACUUUGUAUUACGUUGUGGGCUGUAUCCUCACAGUCUACUCGAUUUGGUGCUUUUACGUGGUCGCGCAACUCCCGGCCAAGACGAAGGACAUGGAUAAGACGGGGAAAGGGGCUCCUAUUUGGUGA